ACGUUCACCUGUGAGGCAUCAAUUGUAUCGUUUAUAAAGGGCAGCCUUGGUACUACACACCAUGCAUAGAGUGCCGAAGGAAAAUGUACAAAACCAAUGAAGGCUGGUCGUGUGGAUCACAUGAAAAUCUGCCAGAACCUAGGUUUAUGUACUGUGCAUCUACACCAAUUGCCGAUCACACAGACUCAACAACAGCAACACUUUUCGACGAAGCACUGACAAGCAUUAUAGGACAACCAUGCAGAGACAUCGUCAUACAAGAAGGUUACACAGAUUGCUACCAAGUACCAAAGCCCCUAUUAGAGGCCACAGGCAGACUCAUUUCCAUGCAGGUACGACACAUCAAGUCCCCAAUACCGGGCUCAAGCAUUCUAGCAGUUAACAGGGCAUCCAUUACACAACCACUGGAAGACACACAUGGUACCCCUCCAUCACCAACACAGACAACACCUAUUGGGCAAAAGCAGCAACGACCGAAUCAAUCAACAACCUCCACAACUAAACGACGACUAUCCUUCACAGAACCAGGUCCCGAUAUCAGCGACACCAAAAGAAUCCGCUACCCAGAUGCUUAGGAACAAGAAAAAUGUUGGUGCAUACAUCUGUCGAAUUCGUCUUGUAUUGAGUCUUGUACUAGAUUGUUAGAUCAGGGCACGUAGUUCGAGAUAGUAGAAUUAAAGGUGAUUUCACUUGAAGGAAGUAAUUCCGCUUGAAAUGACAUUUGUCACUCUCAAGCGGAAUCAACAAACUUCUUAUUCCGCUUGAAAUGGACAGCUUCAUGUUCAAGCGGAAUCUCAAGUCUAUAUAUAGCAGUUCAAGUGAAAUCCUAUGAAACAAUUGAUGAUUUGGAUACCGAGGUGCUGCCAGUUUGUCCUGUGAUUGUAAUCAGUGUUAUAUCAAUUAGAAAGUAGUUUAAAGUGGUA